AUGAUCAUCAAGUCUAUCCUUGCUGGAUCUAUGGUGGCUGUGAAGGCCGUAAGCGCCUUCAACAUCACCAACUCACCUAAGAUACUACCUAAUGGAUACACUGAGGUCCCCUUCUCCAUGACAGGAUCCAUAGAGCCAGGUGGUGAGGCGAUGACUUUCACCGGCCCAGUGAAUGCCGUCUUUGACCAGAUUCAGAAAAUCAAGCCUGGCUUCACGUGGAAGGACUUUCAAUCUAAUGUCACCGUGCCUUCGUCAGACAAAACCUUGAGUGAACCUUCAAAAACGAUCGUGAAGCAACUUUGCAACAUCCCCAACUUUGAUCAUGCAAAUCGAUUCGAAACUCUGUAUGGCUAUGAUCACCUGUCGCUAAUUGAUGCAAAUUGCCAUGUCGACGCAGGUCCCCGCAAGUGCUCCCAAGUUUUCUGUCGUACCGGCUCUAAGAUUUGGAUGUGCAAUGACAACGACACACCCCUCGACUUUCCUUGUACUAAAGUUGCCUGGCCGGUGCUCUUGUUCAUUGGAAACAUGGACUGCGUCGAGAAUGGAUGGCUGGGGCCUGCAACGUGGACUCAGGGGCAGGCCUUCGAUGAUGCGCGCUGGAACGUGAUUGUUGGUUCCGAUGGCAAAGAUGCUGAUUGUUAA